GAGAUGUAUAUACUUGUUGAGGAGUUAACACCGUAUCUGACGAUUGAUCUAGGAUCAUAUUUGCAACGUUAUGUUCUCGUAGAAUAAUCUAGCCUCUUUCAACCUUCUUAGUAAUGCUGUCGAAUAAAGGCCAAGUAGGCAAACAUUGAACGUUUAAAGGCCAAGGAGUGAUAUUCUUCACAGCGAAGUUGUUUCAGAUUCUGAGUGUGCGAUCGACAUGAUGUUGUGAUGAUUCCCAGCAUGAGCUCUGUCCAGCUUUCACAAUGAACGUUUAAAGGCCAAGUAGUCAAACAUUGAAUGGGGAAAAGAUGAUUUUCUUGUUUCUUAUUUUUGCGAGAAGGAUAACGGCUAGAUGCUGGUGGUAGCUUGUCAUGACCCAAAGAAUACCAUACUAGAAAGUGUUAGGAAAGCGUUUGGGUAUUUAAGGACCAAUAUAUUGGUAUUUACGAUUUAGGCUUAAGUAUUGUGGCCAUAUUGUAAACGUUCUAUUUCUUCAAGUUGCUAGCACUAGUUGUCUAUAAUAUUUUUCUUCCUACAGUCCUGUCUAGUUUCCAGCUUCGGUGUUGAUAUGGAUAAAAGGUGGUGCAGAUACUAAUUUAGAAACUAGGUAGUUAAAUAAUCGUGUAUAUUUUUGGAAAGAUAUAGGUGACACUUUAGAUAGGUGAUGCAUCUCCUCGUUUCUAAUAAGUGGUGGGAUGGGAGGAUAAGUACUAUAUAAGUAUUGCUAUAAGAUGUUGAAUUGGUAAAGAUUUGGCCUUUUGUGGCUUGCGACUAACUAAUUGGUCAUAAAGGUUCAAGUUUUAGAGUGCAAGAAUGGUGCUUAGAAAGCAUAUUGGCUGCCCCUAGAUGGAAUUGACAUUCUUGGUGCUGAUGUACAUUUUCAAUGUAUUUUAUUUAUUUGAACUUGCUUGUCCAUGUAAUUCUGUUGUGUGUGUGAGUACAUUUACUUAUAUACCUGUUGCAAGAUUUCUAAUUCUUAUUUAAGCAAUUUGUGUAGUAUUUAUUCCAAUCUCUGUUUCUAGCCUUCGCUAACUUUAGUCUAUCAGAAAUUUCUGUUACGGACUUAUUUGUUUGUAGUGGUCCAUGUGUAUCCUACAUGCUUCGCAAGCGAGCCCUCUACAAUGACAUGUCAAGGUAUGUAUGCUGUGCUGGCUAUCUCCCAUGUAGUGGAAGGUGUGGAGAAAGCAAAUGCCCAGAGUUUUGCCUUGCCACUGAGGUUAUUUGCUGCUUUGGUAAUUCGGUUGCCUCAACCCGCUUCUUGCUGCAAGACGAGUUCAAUAUCCAGACAACUCAAUGUGACAACUGCAUCAUUGGAUUCAUGUUCUGCCUCCAACAAGUUGCUUGCAUUUUCUCCCUAGUCGCAGCAAUUGUUGGAAGCCAGGAGCUUUCCGAAGCCUCCCAGAUUCUUUCUUGCAUGUCUGACUUCGUCUACUGGACGGUCUGUGCAUGUAUGCAAACACAACAUAAGGUCGAAAUGGAUAAGAGAGACGGAAAAUUCGGGCCGCAGCCUAUGGCAGUCCCUCCAGUACAGCAGAUGUCACGUAUCGACCAGCCCAUCCCGCCGCCAGUUGGUUAUCCGCCUCAGCCGGCAUACGGACAACCCUACGGAUAUCCACCCCCGCCGCAGGCCCAGGUUCAAGGCUAUCCUCCGCCCGGAUAUCCCCAGCCUGGUGCCUAUCCGCCUCCUGGUUCCUAUCCCCCUCCUGGUUACUAUCCCAAGUAGGGGAUGUCUGUCUAUUAAAAGUUUGAGAUGCGGCUUCGCUGGAAACUGCAAAAUUCUUGUGAACAUAUAUGCCUUGUAGAAAUGAACUCUGUUUUCUUUCCCAUUAAAUUACUCUUAUGAGUGAAGUCUACUUUCUAGAUUAUUGCGGAUUGCGAUGGUUGGCUAGUAGUUCAUGAUCUUACGUUUACAUACAUAAACUUGGUGAAUUUUGAGUCUCAGGCACCUUUUUUGUACUCGAAAGUUUGUUGUCGUCUUUUUGUAUUUCUCAUUUUUGUUUCAUUGAAA